AUGAACUGGAGGUUUAUUGAGGUCAUCUGCUUCCUGUUUAUAUGGGACCAUAUAACAGUUCAGUCUUCCCGCCAAGACCCGUUGGCAACUGAGCAACAUGUUGCCAAGCAGUAUGACUGGCUCAUCUCCGACCGUGGGCCGUUCCACCACUCCCGCAGUUAUCUGUCCUUUGUGGACAGAUUCCGCCAAGGAUUCACGACCAGAUAUAAAAUUUAUAGGGAAUUUGCACGUUGGAAGGUGAGGAACACAGCCAUUGAGAGGCGGGACCUGAUCCGGAACCCCGUGCCACUCAUGCCCGAGUUCCAGCGCAGCGUCCGCCUGCUGGGCCGAAGACCGACCACACAGCAGUUCAUUCACACCAUCAUUAAAAAAUAUGGGACCCACAUUCUCAUCUCAGCCACGCUGGGAGGGGAGGAGGCAUUGACAAUGUACCUGGCUAAAAACAAGCUGGACAGGAAGCUCGCCAAUGCCACUCAAAAUGUGGAAGCCCUACAUCAGCUGGCUUCAUCCUACUUUAUUGACCGCGAUGGCACGAUGAGGAAGCUGCAUGAAAUCCAGAUAUCCACCAAUGCCAUCAAGGUGACGGAGACACGCACGGGGCCACUGGGAUGCAGCAGCUACGACAAUCUGGACUCGGUCAGCUCCGUCCUGCUGCAGAGCCCCGAGAGCAAACUUCAUCUGCAAGGUCUUCAGGUAAUCUUCCCGGAGUACCUGCAGGAAAAGUUUGUCCAGUCAGCUUUGAGUUAUAUUAUGUGCAAUGGAGAAGGGGAGUACCUGUGCCGCAACAACCACUGCAUCUGCCAGUGUGCUGACGAGUAUCCCCAGUGCAACUGUCCCAUCACCGAUAUCCAAAUAAUGGAAAACACAAUGCUGGGCAUGGCUGAGUCAUGGGCAUCCUCUUACAAAGACUUUGAGAACUCUGAUGAAUUCAAGUCCUUCCUGAAGAGACUGCCUUCCACUCACUUCCUACCUAUUAACAGCGUGCACUUGCUGUGGGGCAGCGACUGGGACCUGCAGGCUCGCUACAGGCUACUUCAGAGCUCCCUUGAGGUCCAGCGUCUCAAGAUCCGGCGUACUGCCCGCAAGCUCUUUGGCCUCAGCAUCCGCUGUCACCACAAUCCUAACCACCAGAUGCCCAGGGAGAGGUCUGUGAUGCAGUGGCUCAACAGGGUUCAGUCCUUUCUCUACUGCAAUGAGAACGGCUUUUGGGGAACCUUCCUGGAAAGCCAGAGGACAUGCGUGUGCCACACCGGCGUCACUCUUUGCCAGCGACCUAUCCCUUGCGUUAUCGGGGGCAACAACAGCUGUGCCAUGUGCAGCUUGGCCAACAUUUCGCAGUGUGGCUCAUGCAACAAAGGCUACAAGCUGUACCGUGGCCGUUGCGAGCCUCAAAACGUGGACUCUGAGCGCAGUGAGCAAUUCAUCAGCUUUGAAACGGACCUGGACUUUCAGGACUUGGAACUGAAGUAUCUGCUGCAGAAAAUGGACUCGCGACUGUACAUCCACACCACGUUCAUCAGCAAUGAGAUCCGCCUUGAAACAUUUUUUGACCCGCGGUGGCGUAAGCGCAUGUCCCUGACGCUCAAAAGCAACAAAAACCGCAUGGACUACCUCCACAUGAUCAUCGGCCUGUCAAUGAAAAUCUGCCAGAUGCGGAACAGCAGCAUCGACCCGAUGUUCUUUGUCUACGUCAACCCGUUCAGUGGUAGCCACUCGGAAGGCUGGAGUAUGCCAUUCGGUGAGCACGGUUAUCCCCGCUGGGAAAAGGUGCGCCUGCAGAACUCCCAGUGCUUCAACUGGACCUUGUUGCUGGGCAAUCGCUGGAAGACCUUCUUCGAGACCGUACACAUCUACCUAAGGAGCCGAGCCAAGAUCCCCACCGGCCUCCGCAAUGACACGGGUCCCGUUGAUCUGGCAGAUCCCAACAAGCGGCAGAUCUACAUCAAAAUAUCCGACAUCCAAGUGUUUGGCUACAGCCUGCGCUUCAACGCGGACCUGCUCCGCAGCGCCGUGCAACAGGUGAACCAGUCGUACACACAGGGAAGUCAAUUCUACUCGUCGUCGUCAGUCAUGCUCCUGUUACUUGACAUACGUGAUCGGAUUAACCGCCUGGCCCCACCGUCUGCGCCCGGGAAACCCCAGCUGGACCUCUUUUCCUGUAUGCUGAAGCAUCGACUCAAGCUGAACAACAGCGAGAUGAUUCGGGUCAAUCACGCCUUGGACAUGUACAGCACAGAGAUACUAAAACAAUCAGAUCAUCUGACUGCAAAACUGUGUUGA